AUGUCGUCCACGGCUGCGUCCACCGUCUUCUACGUUUUCGAGCUGCUGGAGACGAUCUUCGCCGCACUUUCCGGUGAGACAACCACGGCAGCAUUGCAAGGGACUAUGUGCACGCUGCUUCGCCGUGAAAGAGACAACAAGAUUAUCAAGGCAGCAAUCGAGACAUCGGCAAAGCUCAAGAGUAGGUCGAGCACUGGCGCCCACCCAUGA